CGACCUCCGCUGAGCAUGGCCGCCGCGCCUCCGGGCGCCCAGAACCGCUGCGUCUUCGUUGGUAACAUACCGUACGAUGCGACGGAGGAGCAGCUCGUGCAGAUUUGCGAGGAGGUCGGCCCGGUCGUCUCCUUCAGAUUGGUUAUUGACAAAGAAACUGGGAAGCCUAAGGGUUAUGGCUUUUGCGAGUACAAGGAUGAGGAGACUGCUCUAAGUGCACGCCGGAACCUCCAGGGUUAUGAGAUUAAUGGUCGUCAGUUACGUGUUGAUUUUGCUGAAAAUGGGAGGAAUACUGACAGAAAUAGAGAAAAGGGUCGUGGAGGACCAGGGAUGGCAUCUGGUGCUGAUGGUCAGAAACAGUCAGGUGGGACUUCUGUUGUUGGAGAUACAAGUCUUCAUCAGCCUGUUGGUCUCCCACCGGCAAUACACGCUGCAUCUGUGAUGGCUGGCGUCCUUGGUGGAGCUCAAACUGCAAUUGUUCAAAAUGGUUUACCUGUCCAGUAUGGACUUGGAAACGACCCUCUUACUCAUUAUUUGGCCAGAAUGUCAAGGCAUCAAUUGCAUGAAAUCAUGGCUGAAUUGAAGGCCUUAACUACUCAAAAUAAGGAACUUUCCAGAAAUUUACUACAAGGAGUUCCACAGCUGCCAAAGGCCCUAUUUCAGGCACAAAUAAUGCUUGGUCUGGUGACGCCACAGAUGAUGCAGAUGGCAAAGAACCAACAGCCCUCGAGUUCCUUGGCACAAUCUUCAUCUCACCUCAAUGAGCCAUUUCUACAGCCAGAUGCUAUGAUUCCGGCUGUCUCAAGACCGUUGAGUUUGCCAGCUAACAUACCACCAAACCCAACUGUCCUGCAGGAACAAACUGCCACAUUACAUAAUUUUCCUCAGUAUCAACAUGCAUCUCAGCCUCCAGUCAAAAUUUUUCCACAUGGACAUCAGUCUGGAUUGGUCACACAUCCUCCAAUGCUAUCUCAGCCCCUUGGGGGUUCCUCCAGUGUUCCUACUCAAUCCCUUGUGGCCUCAGUAGGCUUAAUGUCACAAGUUCAGCCCCCAUUUAUGCCACAGCACUCUAGGCCACCUGUUAUGCCCACAAGUGUACAACAGGGGCCUUUGACCCACCCUCAGGUAGCUGCUGCACCAGAGACACUACCGAAUGAAAUAAGGGCGGCUGAUCCAGCAAGUCACCUGGCAGAGUUUGCCCAUCCUUCAAAGUUGAGAAAAUUGGAGGAUGGAACCUCAGUGCCUGGAAUGGUAAACAUCAGCCAUCAUCCUGCUUAUACAGCUCCACCUCAAGCAGUGGGCCCUAGUGGACCAUCAGGGAGCUAUAGUGCUGGUGCUGUUAGCUUUCAGCAACCAGGGAACGAAGCGCAGCUCACGCCUGAUGUGGAGUCAGCUCUUCUACAACAAGUGUUGCAGCUGACACCGGAGCAGCUGAGUUCGUUGCCACCGGAGCAGCAGCAGCAGGUGCUUGAACUCCAGAAGAUGCUUUCAGCUGGUAAAUAGUACCAACUGAACCGGAGUAGCAACCUGUUAAGCUACCAGCACAGCAUAACAUGGCAACAAGUGGAAACUCGAAGUGACCUCGAUUAAUUUGCCGAGCCGCUACGCCCGUGACCUGUCAGCUUCUCGACGCCACCAGUUUUGCUCAUAGCUAUGCAUCUGGCAUUCUUUCUUCAGAUCAGGAUAAAGAAAAUGUGAUUGGAGAAGAUAGUGUGAAAAAAGGAAUACACAUUAUCCAUCACUGCUGUAUCAUUAUAGGAAAAAGAAUAAUCUGUAUCCAGAUAAGGGAGGUGCUUUUUUAGCUUUUCUCAAAUGUGUUGUAGCAUAAGACAUUUUUUUGUCCUUUCAAUUUUGUCGCAUCAGAUAGUGGACCUUGUGUUAUUGUAUGCUUGUGACCUCUCUCUCAAA